AUGACCAACAACGUGGCUGACCACCACCCCGGGAACUCUGUUGCCGAAGGCAACCAUGAGGGGGACUUUGGGUGCUCCGUGGUGGAGCUCAGGAACCUCAUGGAGCUCAGGAGUGGCGAGGCAGUCUCCAGGCUCAAUGACUCCUACGGUGGAGUGCAGAGCAUCUGCAAGAGGUUGAAGACGUCGCCAGUCGAAGGUCUAUCCGGGAAUCCGACGGAUCUGGAGAAGAGGCGACAGGUCUUCGGCCAGAACUUCAUUCCUCCCAAAAAGGCCAAGACGUUCCUGCAGUUAGUGUGGGAGGCACUUCAGGACGUCACCUUGAUCAUCUUGGAAAUCGCAGCCAUAAUCUCUUUGGGCCUGUCCUUCUACCACCCCCCGGGUGGGGACAAUGAAC